ACACAUGAUAGUCAAUACCAUACAUGUAUAGCAGCAUCCUGUUAUCGAAUGACAGUGGCGACACCGCAGUGGUGGCAGCGUGAACUAAAUUUGGUGGAAGGCCGGCGCGCGUUCAGUCACGAGUUGUGCACCACGUGUGAUAAUUCUGGUGAAGGAUGAUAAGUCAGGAUAAGUCUUAUUGAUCUGCGCACCUGACAUGGGUGAGAGGUGAGGUUGUGAUAGAGAUAUAAAGAGCUCCUGCAACCCCAUUAUCUUUAAUAUAUUCACUCACCAAUCAACGCUCCUCAUAUCGCAAAGUAUAUCUCCGAUGGCAGAACCUAAGGUAGAUCUUGCAUCGCUCUCGCUCUUCCGCGCGACGAGUGCGCAGGCUGAAGAGUCACGGCGCCGGACUUUUCCGCAAUGGGGUGGUGCUCUGAACCUGACAGACUACCUUGCGCGAGAUGCGACGAUGGAAUCGGGCGAGCACGCCAAGGAUGGAAAGUGGAUUACUUGGGUGCUGGCGCCACGGAAUGACCCCACAACGCUUGAUUUUAUGAGCGCUUGCGAGACAUAUAAGCGCACAGGUCUUGUCGCUUACCCCUCAUCCUCCCCGUCUGAGCCCAACUCAGUGCACGAAGCAACUUGUUACGGUGUCGCCUGCGUGUUCACUCCACCCUCGAAGCGCAAGCGCGGCUAUGCAAACCAUAUGAUGAGCCUCCUGCAUUGGGUCAAUGCCUCACAUGCCAAUCUUCCUAAAUUCCCCGAGCAUGGGGUGCACCGCCAGAAGAGUGAUGUUGGGGAGGAGUUUUACCGGUCGGCUGGCCCUGGAGGUAAAGGGGGCGGAUGGGAGAAGCGGGGAGCAAUCUCGACUAUCUGGGAGGUGGGCACAGAGGAAGGUGAUGACGAGGGAUGGAAUUGGUUGACAGAAGAGCAAUUGAACGGGCUUUGGGAGCGUGAUGCCGUUCGGAUCAGGAGAGAGCUGGCGAACAUGCCAACGAGCGACAGCUCAUACAAGGUGGAGCGCCCGGCAGCAUUCGCGACAUACCUGCCAACGGAUGGUGUUUGCGGGUUCCAUAUCACAAAGUCAACGUUCGCCUCCAAUUUUUCCAUGGCAAGUGGAUUCUGGGGCGUAGAAUCCACGAGCGACCCAGGUACAUACGCAAGCUGGAGCGUUGACCUGAGACCACCUCCACCAACGUUGAUCGUCACACGACUCUGUGCUAGUGAAGAGAUGUUCCCUGGGCUGAUUGCGAAGAUCAAACAAGCGGCUAGACGAAGCGGAAUUGGGAAAGUAGAGGUGUGGAAUUUGAGAGCAGGAUUGAGAGAGGUUGCGGAGAAGACGGGUGGGCGGACGUUCACACGAAAUGAACACUUGCCACAGAUAGUGUGGUAUGGACCUGGAACAACGGGAAACGUAGAGUGGGCGUAUAAUGAGAAGUGA